AUGACUGCCAGAUCUAUCAUGAGCCACGGCUCAGAAACGCUAGAUGUCUUUACCCGUCGAUCUCCACCAAAGGUCGAGAUUGAGCUGGUCGGCCAGAAACCUGGCCUGGUCAACUCUUAUACAACCAGUGACCAGAUCGAGGGUAUCGUCAAGAUCACAGUGGAUACCGACACCCGCUUUGAUGAGGUUGAAAUUAUCUUCCAAGGAACGUCCCACACCACCGUCGAGCGGGCUGCAUGCCCUGGACGCACAGGAUCACAGCAGAUGUUCCUCAAACUUCGCCAGCCAAUCGAAGAAUCCGACUAUCCCUGCCCCCGAAUUAUGGAGGCAGGACGCACAUACUCCUUUCCAUUUACCUUUGUGGUACCCGAUCGUCUGCUGCCACAGGUCUGCACCCACGCACGAACCAAUAUCCACAUUCACACUGCACACACCAUGCUCCCGCCCACAUUGGGAGACCCCAUGCUAGCUGGCAAUGGCAAGACUUUGCUGGAUGACAUGGCCCCCGAUAUGAGCCAGAUCUCCUAUAUCGUACGCGCAGCAGUAUUGAAGAGAUCCUCGACCGACCACGGCAACCUCAAGACCAUGGCCAAUAUUGCGAAGAAGGUUCGCAUUAUCCCAACUGUGGAGGAGGAUCCCCCAAUCAACGUGGCCGACCACAUCUAUUAUUGCACCCGCAAGGAGAAGAGUGUUAAGCGCGGGUUCCUUCGAGGGAAGCUCGGCCGCUUGGUAGCCUCCGCCUCGCAGCCCAAGCCAAUUCGCUUGCUUACUCCCAGCUGUGAGGCCGCUGAUACCGUCAGUACCAUGACAACAGUUCACCUCCGAUUCGACCCCGUGGGUGAUGAACAGCCACCAAAGCUCGGCUCGAUGACCAGCAAGAUCAAGGCCAGCACCUUCUACAGCGCAGGACCCUGGGAGGAUUUCCCCAUGCAAUCUGGCACCACCCCCUUCUCCCAGGUUGGCCAAGGUCUCUUCACCGAAUCCGUUCCUAUUUCCAACAUGUGCGUUGCCUCUGCAAAAUGGGUCAAGCACUCAGCAUCAACCGAAUGCGAACGCCGCGACUCCGUACAAUCCAUGACCUCCGACAACUCAACCGGCCCAUCGACCUCUUUCUCCGGCGAUACCUACUACACCGCAUCUGUAGUAAUCCCAGUCAGCCUCCCCAACAACAAAACCUUUGUCCCGACCUUCCACUCCUGUCUCAUCUCGCGCACCUACUCGCUCGACCUAUCAUUGACAUACCACACGCCGGGCGCCAACGUGCUCACUCCUACCGUCUCCCUCCGUCUCCCUAUCCAGGUCAUCACACAACCAAAGUAUGCAGAAUCCCUCAAGUCUGAUUUGGGCAUGAUUGUGACACAGGAAGAACUGGACGAAUUCUUCCAGCCUCGCUCGGUUGCACCCCUCAACGAGUCGGUUUUCGAUGUCAGUCUUGCGCCACCUGAGUAUUCGGAGACGGUUGUUAGCUCGGGCUUGCGAGGCUUGCGCACCGCCUCUUGA